AUGAAAGUAAGAAAAAAGGCGUUACUGAGAUGUUGCGAGAGAUGGUAUAUCAGGAAGGAGAUACAUUGGAAACAAAUGUCACGAUCUCAACAUGCAAAAGAGAUGGACAAGAACACUAGAUAUUUUCAUAGCAUUGCUUCAGCUAGACGCAAAAAUAACAGAAUUGAUGCACUAGUAAUAAAUGGUAGGGUGGUAAAAAAUCAAGCAAGGAUCAAGAUUGCAAUUAGAGAUUUUUAUAAGAGCUUAUACCAUCAAGAAGUUUCUCCUAGAAUUGGUUUUCAUGAUGGACUGGUUAGUCAGAUCAGUGAGGAGGAGUCUAUAUCUCUGAAAGUGUUGCCAUCAAGUGAAGAAAUGAAGGAGGCAGUUUGGGAUUGCAAGUCAACUAAGGCACCGAGCAAUGAUGGUUACAAUAUGAAUUUCAUCAAGAAGUGUUGGGAAGAAAUUAGGGGUGAGUUCACUGCAGCUGUGAUGAGUUUUUUUGAGAUAGCUAAGCUACCAAAUGAUUCAAAUGUUACCUGGGUGGCUUUGGCACUGAAAUUUGUUGGAGCAAAGGAGAUUAAAGACUUGCGGCUGAUUAGUAUGGUUGGCGAUGUAUAUAAGGUGAUAUCUAAAGUGUUGUGUAGGAGGUUGAGAAGGGUAAUGCUAAGAUUGGUCGGGAAGACGCAUAGUGCUUUUGUGAAAGGUAGGAAAAUACAUGAUGGGAUUUUGAUAGCAUGUGACACUGUUCAGUGGCUAAAGUUGAGAAAGAAAGCUUUUGCCAUCAUUAAGCUAGAUUUCCAAAAAGUUUAUGACAGAGUUAAGUGGAACUUUGUAAAUAUUGUUUUAGCUAAGAUGGAGUUUGGUUAG